UUGUUCAUAUAGAUGAUGACAAAUACAUAUACAUAUAAUACACGCCACACGACACAUAUAUGUGUGCUAAAGUAAAUGCGCAACUUAGCCUUUUCUUAGAAGAAACCUCCGAGUAUAAGAUUCUACUAACUUUUAUUGACAUAUUUAGAUUAAUCGACGAUUUUAGGUAAUGAAUCAUUAAAUUUCAUUAAGAUGGAGUUUAUAUCCUUGAUGAAUUUUCUCUUAAAUAUUCAAUAUACAAUUGGGGAUAGAAAAUCAUAAAAUGGGUGCAAACAUAUCACAAUUAGAAAGAGAUAUCGGCUCUGAUCAGUUUCCACCAAAUGAACAUUAUUUUGGUUUAGUUAAUUUUGGUAAUACUUGCUACAGUAAUUCGGUAUUGCAAGCUUUAUAUUUCUGUAGGCCGUUUAGAGAAAAAGUUUUAGAAUAUAAAGCUAGAAAUAAGAGAACCAAGGAGACGUUAUUAACAUGUUUAGCUGAUCUAUUUCAUAAUAUUGCAACGCAAAAGAAAAAAGUUGGUUCCAUUGCCCCUAAAAAAUUUAUCGCUAGGUUAAGAAAAGAAAAAGAGGAAUUUGAUAAUUAUAUGCAACAAGAUGCCCACGAAUUUUUAAACUUUCUUAUUAAUCAUAUAAAUGAGAUUAUUCUGGCAGAAAGAAGUCAAACCAAACAGACAGGGGGAAAGGGUGCGGGCGAUGCUGGGUCUCCACCAGAACCAACAUGGGUCCACGAGAUAUUUCAAGGGAUAUUGACUUCUGAAACGCGCUGCCUUAAUUGUGAGACUGUUUCUAGCAAAGAUGAGGAUUUUUUUGAUCUGCAAGUUGACGUAGACCAAAAUACUUCUAUAACAUACUGCCUGCGCUGCUUCUCUAAUACAGAAACACUUUGUAGCGAUAAUAAAUUUAAAUGCGAUCAUUGUAGUAGCUAUCAGGAAGCUCAGAAACGAAUGAGAGUUAAGAAACUUCCCAUGAUCUUAGCAUUACAUUUGAAAAGAUUUAAAUACGUGGAACAGUAUAACCGACACAUUAAAGUAUCUCACAGGGUAGUUUUUCCAUUGGAAUUGCGGCUUUUUAACACUAGCGAUGAUGCUGUCAAUCCUGAUCGCUUAUAUGAUUUAGUUGCGGUUGUGAUACAUUGUGGAAGUGGUCCGAACAGAGGCCAUUAUAUUUCUAUAGUCAAAAGUCAUGGAUUUUGGCUGCUUUUUGACGACGACAUGGUUGAUAAAAUUGAUGCGUCAACUAUAGAAGAUUUCUAUGGGCUCACGUCAGAUAUACAAAAGAGUUCAGAAACUGGAUAUAUUUUGUUUUAUCAAUCAAGGGAUUGUAGUUAAAGAUUAUUCAACAUAAGAAAAAAAGAAAAGAAUUUAAAUUAUGUUAAAAAAAUAGUCAUUAUCAUUUAAAAUUAUUGCAACUCUC